AAAAAACCAAAAACAAAAUAAAAAACAUUUUAAUUGAAAUAAAAAAAUAAAAAUAAAAAAAACCAGGAAAAACACAAUGGCUCACCAGUGCGACCUCAACAAUAAUUACGUCAAUUACACAAGUGCUUAUGCAAAUACCAAUGCCACCUUCGAUCGCGAUUCUAAUUCGACUCUGGCAGCCCCAAAUUCUAAGCUCACGUCAAGUCAAUUUACGGCUAAAUUGAUUGUCGGGUCUGCUAUUAACGAGCGAAGGGAAAAAGAGAAAUCCAGGCUUUCUUUGGCACAUGCGAGCGAACGCCGAAAUUAAUAACAUGUUUUUCUUUUCUUUCCUUUUUUUUUUUUUGGUUUAUUUUUAUAUAAAUGAGUUAUAUAUAUAUAUAUAUAUAUAUAUAUCCAUAUAUAUACAUAUAUAUGGAAACAAGUGUCUACAUAUGUUCAUUAUUUUAUUAGAAGCGGUGAAAAAUGCUCCAAUUUUUAGGAGAUCUCUUUCAGAGAGUUGUAUGUUCAAUGUUUGUUUAUAGUUUAUAUUGUUUUUCAUGAAAUUUUUUUUUAUGAAAAAAUAUUCGUUAUGUAUUUUGUUUUUCGUUAUUUUUUUUAAUAUAAAUUAUAUAUAUCACUAUAGAUAUAAAUGAUCAUUUUGUUAUGGUACGACCUGUUUAUCGUCUCUGUUGUAUAAAUGAAGUUUACCAUUAUAUUGUCUGUCCGUGAUUCGAUCGAAAGGGAGGCGGGGAGAGAGAGAAAGAGAGAGAGGGAGAGAGAGAGAGAGCGAAGAAGAAACAAACACUCCACAAAUUGGUGCCUUUUCCUCAAAGCAUUUUAAUUAUCAUUUAAUUCGCAAGCCUUCUCAGACUAUGUCAUCAUAUAUGUAUAUUUAUAUAUAUAUAUAUAUAUAUAUAUAUAUAUAUCUUACACAUAUAUGUAACAAUGAAAGGGUAGCGGUCAACUAACUAAUAACAUUACCCUACUCGCAUCAAACGGACACCAAUGUAUUUGUGUACUUUAUGCCGUUAAUGGCCUCUUAUUGAAUAAUUUAUUAUCCCGUGCAAUAUAAAU